AUGAAUGCUUGGUAGGCUGCGGGAGCACCCCCUGCUCGACCUCACGCCCAGCUCUAGACUCUCUCGGCUCAAGCAACCAUCACCGCCCUGCUGCUGAUCUGGGUGCCAUCAGCACAUCCCAUCAGGGCUGCGCAGGCUGCCGCCCAGCGCUGAACAAUGGAGACCGACACCCCCCAGAACCUCUCGGCAGCGCCAAUCCCGGUGGAGCAGGUAUACAAGACACUGGAGGCGGCGCUGAGCUUCGAUAAGGGCGUGCGCACUGCGGCCGAGGAGCAGCUGAGGGGCUGGGAGUCCGAUGCGGCGCCUGGGUUCAUUGGGAGCCUCCUGCGAGUCGUGGCAGAGGUGCAGGCGGUGCCCGAGGACGGGCGCCUGAUGGCGGCUGUCGUGGCCAAGAAUGCGGUGGGCAGCAGCUGGCGAAAGACCCUGGGCAGCCGCGAGUGGUCACGCGUGCCAGACGACGAGAAGCAGUACAUCCGGUCCACUGCCACAGCCGUACUGCUGGGCGACCCCUCGGACAGGGUGGCGCUGCAGGUCACCCUGCUGAUCACCAACAUAGCGCGGUUCGACGUGCCGCAGCCCUGGGAGAGCCUGCUGCCAGACCUGCUGUCGGCGGCGGCAGAGGAGUCGGCGGUCGCGCCGGCCGGCAAGCAGCGCGCCCUGACGGCGCUCAAGCACGUGCUGCAGGCUCUCAAGGGCAAGAAAUUUGUGAUUCAGAGCCACAGGGACGCGCGACUGAUGACAGACGCGGAGCUGGAAGAGCUUGCGGGCGGCGUGCACCGCCAGCGUGCGCUGCUGGACGCGCAGGCCAAGGCGCUGCUGGCGCCGCUGCGGGCGCAGUGGGAGCAGCACACAGCGGCGCUGCUGGCGGGGGGCGAGGGCUGGGCGCGGCGCGGGGCGGCCGCGGCGGCCGCGCUGUCGGCGGCAAGGGAGCUGAUGCAUGUGCUGCAGGAUUUUGAGGGCGUGGAGGAUGCGCUGAACGCCCUGCUGACAGAGAUCCAGCAGGCGGCCGCCGCCAUCGCCCCGCAGCUGCUGACCGGGCUGCAGGCGGCGACGGCGGCGGCGGCGGCGGCCGGGGACGGCGGCGGCGCGGGCGGCGAUCCGCAGCAGCAGCGCUGGCAGCUGCUAGGCAAGAACUGGGAGCGGCUGCUGCAGGUAGCGCUGGUGACCAUGGACAGGCACACCUUCCAGUUUGCCGCCCACCUGCCGGGCCUCAUCUCCCUGUGCAUCAACGCCGCGCUGCUGGCAAUGGACGCCUCGCUGGUGCACCGAAUCAGGCGAGAGCAGCGCCGCCACGCCGUGCUGCGCUGUGAUGUGCCCAAGGCGCGGGUGGUGCUGGUGCGCUUCUGCGCCCGCGCCCUGCUGCAGCAGCUGUACCGCCGGGACUUUGUGGAAGGGGGCAGCCCAGAAGCACGGUACAUCAGCGACGCGGGACGCGCCGCCAUCGCCAAGUACCGCCCCCAGCUGCUGGCCGCCAGCGACGCGCUGGCCGCCCUGCUGGCGCCCGCGCAGUGCCCCGCGCUGGUGCAGGCCAUCGUGCAGAAGUACAUAAUGCUGUCGCCUGCCGAGGUGGCCGAGUGGGAGGCGGACCCGGAGAGCUUUGCGCGCAAUGUGGAUGUGGAGACCAGCCCCGACGCCGACACGCCUCGGCCCUGCGGCGUGGCACUGCUGGAGUGCAUGCUGGAGCGCGCGGACGAGCCUGUGGCCUCCGCCCUGCUGGCUAUGGCGGCGCAGCAGCAGGCGGCGGCGCUGUCGCCCGACAACAUCUUGCUUCGGGAGGGGACGUACCGCGCCAUCGGCGAAUGCUUCCCACACCUGCGCUCCAAGGUGGACUUCAAUGCCUGGUACGCCUCAGAGCUGCGCCUUAUCCUGCAGAGCACGGAGCUGACGGGCCUGUACGGCAGCAUCCUGCGAGCCGGCGCGCUGUGGCUUCUGGGCGUGUGCGGCUCGGAGCUGCAGGCGGCACCCUGGGUGGAGGCCUUUGGGCUGGUGGUGCAGCACCUGACCCACUCAGACGUUGUGGUGGCGCUCAUGGCGGUGUCGGCCCUUACCGUGCUGCUCAGUAACUGCCUGGAGGAGAGCCAGUUUGUGUCGCAGCCCGCGGGGCGCAGGCGGCUGGUGCUGGAGGGGCCGGGCGGCGCCACGCUGGCGCUGUCGGACUCGGAGGAGGAUGCGGCACACGCGCUGGCAUCCCAGGUGGAUGCAGAGUACAAGGCGCACAUGGCGGCGGUGGAGGAGGCCACAGACGCGGUCAUCGGCGGCUGCUUCGCGCUGCUGCCGCGCCUGGCGGAGAUUGAGAGCAUGGUGCGCGUGCUGCAGUGCGUAUCCUCCUCUGUGGAGCUCCUGGGCGACCGUCUGCGCCCUCACCUGGCCACCAUCUGCAGCGCACUGCCCCAGGUGUGGCAGGUGAUCAGCCAGCGGAGGCAGGAGGGGGCGGGCGGUCUGGCGCGCCUGCACUCUGCUCUCAUCUCCACAGUCACCCACCUCCUCAUGCGGCUGGGCUCGGCGGCGGUGGCAGACCCGCGCGUCGCGGGCCUGCUCUUCCCCCUGCUGCAGCACGCCACCAACCUGGGAAGCCCCGACUCCGAGCCUCUCAUAGAGGACGGCCUGCGACUGUGGUCUGCUGUGCUGGUGACCAGCGAGCAGCUGCCCGCACCGCUGCAGGACAUGUUUGUCCAGCGGCUGCCGCCCAUCCUGCGCCGCGGCCAGGACACCGCCGGCUGCCUGAAGAUUGCAGAGGGGCACGUGCUGCUGGGAGGCCUGCCGGCGGUGGCGCCGCUGCUGGGCCCUCUGGCCUCUGCCAUCACCGCCAGCCUGGGAGCGGCGGUGGCCGCCGCGGCGCAGCAGCGGGCGGCGCUGCAGCAGCUGCUGGCGGGCCCCUCUGGGCAGCAGGGGCAGCGACAGCCCUCUGUCAAAGGCAUGGCCCCCGACCAGGUGGCAGAGGCGACCUCGGCGGCGGCGCUGCUGGCGCUGAUAGUGCACCUGAGCGAGCAGGCGGGCGGGGGGCAGCAGGGGGGGCAGCAGGGGGAGCUGCCAGCCGAGCUGCAGCCCGCGGCCAAGGCGGCGGCCCAGGUGGCGGCGGCCGACUAUGGCGGAGGCGUGGUGCGGCUGCCCUCGAUGGGGCUCGGCCUGGUGGAGGCGUGCCUAGAGGUGGUGGGUCGCCUGCUGUUCAAGCAGCCCUCCCUGCUGCCCACGCUGCUCGACGGCGACAGCGGCGCCGAGGCCAGGGUGCUGGACCGUUGGGUCCUGAUGGGAGGAGCGCGGGACAUUGCCGAGAUGUUUGUGGCGGCCAUGGGGGUGCUGGGGCAGGUGCGCCGCCACCGCGCCGCCGUCACCCUGUGCAGCAUCCUCUACGCCGACGCCUGCCCGCCGCUGCGCGCGCCCGAGCGGGCCGCGCAGGCGCUCAUCCUGGGUGCGCCGUGCAGCCUGCAGCAAGCCUGCUGCCAACAUUGCACAUGUGUCUGCGUAGGAGGCUGUGCCUGCCUGCCCACCCGCCUGCCUGCCUGCUGCAUGACUGCCUGCCUGCCUGCUGCAUGA